AUGACGACAACCAUCCACCGCACCAGUAAAGGGCCCCACGGGGCACAAAGGAUCUUUCACAAUUUGUACAGAAGAACAAAUGAUAAGAAACAACUAACCAUGAACCUAACAGAAUUUAAAUUUUACGACUAUGAAACGAAAGAACUUCGAACGAUAGAAGUAUCUCCCUGUAGAAAGUACAUAUGUAUAUGUGACUCCUUUGGGGUUAUAUAUGUGUACAAAAUUUUUAAGAAUGAGUUCUUGUACUUGUUGCAACUGCAUGCACAUGUGUCCAAGAGCUCCAUCAUGUCAGUAAUAUGGAUUAGCAAAAAGAACCCGAAGAAGAAGCAUUUGUUUUUGAUGAACGAUUACAAAGACUACGUUCUCGCCAUUACCACUUUGUGUGGGGAGAUCGUGUUGUAUGAUUUGGAAAGUCAGAACCGGCUGCAAAGCAUUUCGAGUAACGGAAGCAUAUCCUGCGCCAAACUGAAUAACAGCCUUCAGUACUUUGGCAUCACCAAUUUGGAUGGCUACUUCUACCUGUACAAUAUAUACAGCAAUGCGGGUAGCCACAUCUACAACUGCUUCGACCGCUUCCACGAGGGGGGCGUCGUUGGCGGCGACGUGAGCGAUGUGAGCGACGUUAGCGACGUGAGCGACGAUGCAUAUAACAGUGAUGGUGGUGAUGGUAGCGAGGACAGCAAGCGCAGCGACGACGACGCGCAGGAACGACCGGGCAAGAAAAUCAAACUGUCCAGUGAUCUUGCCCAGUACCUGGAAGAAGAAGAAGAGGAUGCCUCGUCCCAGGGAGAAGACGCAGAGAGCGCCCCGGCGGUGGCCCCAAAGGCGUGGCACGUAUUCUCCCCCACAAACAGAAAAAUAGAAAAGGAAAAUCAAAAUGGUGAUACCUUUAACAUAUAUAUUACAAACAGAUUCAAGUGUAAGGAAAAGUUGGUGUGCUUAUACUUUAUGGAUGAGCUGAAAAGCAGGGAAGUGCUCCUAAGCAGUGUGCAGGAAAGCGGCCACAAGGAAAACUACCGACAUGGUAGCCACGACAAAAACAAAGCGACUUCCCCCCCCCGGAAGAACAAAAUCAGGGAGCUGGAAAAGUCGUACAAUAGCUACAACCACUACGUACUAUUGGGGAGCGAAGACUCCAAAAUAUACAAGUACAAUAUAGCGAGGAAGGUGUGUGAGGGAGAAUUCAAAGGCGUCCAUGAGAAUUGUAUCAUUUGGGAUGUCCUCUACAUUUACAAGACAGACGAGGUGGUGUGUGUAGAUAACAGUGGCUCCUUAACCAUUUUUGAAAACAGCACAUUCAGCGUAAAAUAUUUUUUUAAUCAUCAUAUGUAUAAGUCGGUGUCCUUGGCGAAGACAAUGAAUGAGGAUUAUAUUUUCACAGCAGGGGUCGACAGGUAUAUAAUUAAAUACGCCCUCACACAUGUACAUGGCAAAGGAGGGUCUUCCUCAAAUGUAACCAUAAGACAGCAGGUAGCUACGACGGGGAAGCGAAAAGCCCAAAUGAUUAGCAGCCAAAUGAAUGGAGAUACAGCAACAUUCCGGUACUCAGCAGUGAAUGGAGGUGACCAAGCAGAAGAAGAAAAUUUCUUCCUCGACAAAGUGAAAGAAACAAACGAGAUAAAUAAAAAGUGGUAUAGAAUUAAUAAAAGGUCUACCCACUUUGCAGACAUAAAACGUAUUGUCCUGCUGAGGGGAAAUGUACUAGUUAGCAUAAGUGACGAUAUGUCCUUUUGUUUGUACGACACCUUCAACCAAGUCAAUAGGUAUUUCCAAAUAGGUAAUGUGGAGCUGAACAGGAAUAUUUUUUUUUCAGCAAAUUUGAAAACCGUUUUCUGCACACACGCUUGGGGGAUAAAAAUUUACUAUAACAAUAGCCCCAUCUGCAUGGAGGAGGGGGGAAGACGCAGCAUUCAGGGGGGAAGCAGCAUUGAGGGAGGAAAUGUUCAGAAGGAUGCAGAUGAUGAUACGAAAUUGCUCACCCCGAAGGGCUUGGAAAAAAUCAGCGAAGUGUACUACAAACACAUCGCCAAAAUUUCCUACGCACAAAAUGAGUUUGUUAAUUCUUGUAUUGUAAAUAAAAGCGCGACAAAAAUUGUUUGCAGGACGAAUAAAAAAUUCUCCAUUUAUCACUUCAAUAUAAAUGACCUGACCAUAUACAAUUAUGACCUGUCCAAGUUAGGCGCUUUUAAAGUGUACUCGUUCGAAUUUGUUCAUGAUGCUGAUGAUGAUGAUCUGGUCAUUCUUUCCUUUGCAAAGUGCCAUUUCAGCAAGAGCAGUGAGAAGAAGGAAGACGUUGUUGCGGGGGAGGAGAAAGACUUCCCAGGCGGGGAAGACAACAAACAAGAAAUGUACGAAAUGUAUGAACAUGUACAUGUAGAGGAUGAUGAAAUGGAGAGAGGGGAAAACAAUGGACGACAAUAUUUGUACACUUACCAUGUAGCCAUUUACAACAUUGACACAAAGCAAGUAGUGGAAGAAAUUCAAGUGGAUAGAAUUUUAAGUAAUUUUAAAAAAUAUAACAAUGGGAAACUAAUCAUUUGCACGGAUGAACAAAAAAAUAUUUUUUUAUUUUUUAAAAAUUCGAAAAAAUAUUUGAAUACAUGUUUGAAAAUAGGGGACUUUAAUUUAAGCAAGAGGAACAUCCACCGGAGCUACUUGUUUUCCAUCGUCGUUGAGAAUCUCUUGUUCAUUUUUACGCUGGACAAUUGUGUGUACGUAUACUCCUUCUCUUAUGGGACGGGCAAUUUGUCCUUCUUGAAGACUCACGUUGUUAGAAAUUAUACACUCCGCGAAUACAGGGAUGUGUCCCUAAUCGAUUUGGGUCUGCUUGGGGGGGGAAGCGUACAGCGCCGACAGGAGUACAAUCAAGGGGAAGAGGCGGGAGGAAGUGAAGCGGGCGACCAUGUGGAUGCAGCCAAGGGGUCACCCCUUCCAGCGUGCUUCCAGAGCAAGUACUGCCUCCUCCUUCGCAGCUGCGACAAAAUGAGGCUACUCCGGCUCAACAUAUGUAAUGACCUCUCCAUCAACAUCCAGUUCACAAACGUACAAAAUGCGUUCAAGCAUAACGCAGAACUGAUCGAUCAGUACUACCUGUCCUCACUUAAUUUUCGCUACAACUUCCUCAACACGAAGCAACUGUACUUUGAGGAUACAAAUCUGUACAAUAUCCUCCUGCGCGAGAUGAGGAAGGAACGCAAGCGGGGGGGAGAAGUAGAUAGCAUGGACAUUGCUAAUGGGGUUCCUACUAAUAACGACUUAGCACAUGACAAGGCACUAGCGGAAGGACAACACAAGAAGGAAGAGCCCACACAAGAGAAAGGUUGUCCCAUCAGCACAGAUCUUUUAAACCUUUCCUUCAAAUCGCUAAAGUAUUUAAAAAUGAAAAACAUUUUGAACGUGCGUCCCUUGUACACAUCCCAGAGCGACAUCGUGUUGCUUCUGUGUGUCCCCCAAAAUAUUGAUUGCACGCUCAUUAGUGUGGCUGACACGAAGAAAUAUGUUGAGUAA